GCUGGCGCCAUCUUGCUAGUUUCAAUGAGAAAGACAAGGGAAGAGUGAAACGGACUCUAACUUCUCUCCAGUGGAGAAGGGAGAAGUAAAACUCAACUCAAAGUCUGCACAUUUAACGUUGGAUGGUGAAGUUGACUCUAUAGUUUGGAGUAGAUACCUGGGCAAUGUUUUACGCCCACUUUGUCCUGAGCAAACGUGGGCCGUUGGCCAAGAUCUGGCUAGCGGCCCACUGGGAUAAAAAGUUGACCAAAGCUCAUGUGUUUGAGUGCAACUUGGAGAGCAGUGUAGAGAGCAUCAUCUCACCAAAGGUAAAAAUGGCUUUGCGUACAUCUGGUCACUUGCUUCUGGGCGUGGUUAGGAUCUACCACAGGAAAGCCAAGUACCUCCUGGCAGACUGUAAUGAAGCAUUCAUAAAGAUAAAGAUGGCCUUCCGUCCAGGUGUCGUGGAUCUGCCAGAGGAUAACCGUGAAGCCGCGUACAAUGCCAUCACCCUGCCAGAGGAGUUUCAUGACUUUGACCAGCCUCUGCCUGACCUUGACGACAUUGACGUGACCCAGCAGUUCACUCUGAACCAGAGCGACAAACGUGACAUCACCAUCACCGACGCUCCGGGGAACCCCAGUCUCAUGCAGGACGAUGAUUUUGGUGGGUUUGGUAUGGACGACCGUGAGAUGAUGAGGGAAGGCAGCGAUGUGUUUGGGGUGGACCUCAUCCCCGGUUCUAACUUACUGGAAUCAGAGCCUGGACCGGCCACCUUGCCCGACAAGACCAUGAACAUGGACUACGACGGCUUUGGCGACAACACCGACGAAGGAAUUCUCAUGGAUAAACUUUUCAACGAUGCUGAGGAUGGUAUUUUUGACGAGCCUGCAUCCAUGGCCAACAACGUGAUUAUGGCGCGGGAUCCUGGGGACGAUGAGGAUGACUUUGAUAACUUCUCCCCUGCGGCUCCUCCUGACAGCCCUGACUCUGGCCCUGGGGAGCCUUUGCCCAACACCACAGACCAGACAGAGCAGACCACUCUGGUCCCCAAUGAGGAGGAGGCCUUUGCCCUGGAGCCGAUCGAUAUCACAGUCAAAGAGACCAAGGCGAAGAGGAAGAGAAAACUGAUAGUGGACAGUCUGAAAGAGCUGGACAGCAAGACCAUCCGCGCUCAACUGAGUGACUACUCCGACAUCGUGACCACGCUGGACCUGGCCCCUCCCACUAAGAAACUGAUGAUGUGGAAGGAGACUGGAGGGGUGGAGAAACUCUUCUCUCUUCCUGCCCAGCCCCUGUGGAACAACAGGCUUCUUAAGAUGUUUACACGCUGUCUGACUCCUCUGGUGCCGGAUGAGCUGAGAAAGAGGAGGAAAGGAGGAGAGGCAGACAGCCUGGAGGGGAUCCUCAGCGAGCUGGAGAACCCCGAGGUGCCCAGAGAGAGAGACGUCAUUGAUACCACCAUCCUGGAGGAGCAUCCCAGUAUGUUGCAGGCCUCCACCAUGGAGAGCAGCAAAACGGGUCUUGACGAUUCAAUGAUGCCGCCUCCUUCCAAGCAGCGUGGGGUCAAGCGUAAAUCUCAUGACAAAGACACCACUCUGCCCGUUGGUGUGUUGGAGCCCCAGCUGGACCAGUCUGUGUUGGACAUGCCUCAGGUGGAUCUUCCUCCCGAGGAUUCAGCUAAUCUGUCCAGACUGGUCCCUGAACUUGACCUGCUGGGAGAAAAGAGCAAAGAAAACAAGGAUAAGGAUGACAGCGAGGAAGAGGAAGAAGAAGGUCAGGGUGGAGACCAAGAUCAGGAAGAGAGAAGAUGGAACAAGAGAACCCAGCAAAUGCUCCAUGGACUGCAGCGUGUGCUGGCGAAGACGGGCGCCCAGUCCAUCAGCCUGCUGGAGCUGUGCAGGAACAACAACAAGAAACAGGCCGCCGCCAAGUUCUACAGCUUCCUGGUCCUGAAGAAACAGCAAGCCAUCGACCUGUCCCAGACCCAGCCCUACAGUGACAUCAUCGCAGUGCCCGGCCCACAGUUCCAUACUGUAUAG